AGUCUUCUUCUCCGCUAUAAAGUCAAGCCUCCUCCCGGCCGCUCUCAAGCCACCGUUGCCGAAUUGUUUGCUUCAGAAUUAUACUAGACAUAGAUCGAGAAAAGAAGAGGCAUGGAGCGCGGCGAUGAGCAGGUGAAGCAGAACGGCCAUGGCGACGGGGACGCGGCUGAGUGGAAGAAGGUGGCGGAGCUGAGGGCCGUCGUCGAGGCCCAGGACCCCGCAGUCAAGGAGGAGGAUGACUUUGCGCUGCGGAGGUUCCUGCGCGCACGGGACCACAACAUCUGCAAGGCGUCGGCGAUGCUCAUCAAGUACCUCGCAUGGAAGCGUGCUGCCAAGCCGCAUGGCACCAUCACCGAUGAAGAUGUGCGCGACGAGAUCGCGAAGGACAGGGUCCAUAUGCAUGGCUUCGAUCGCCUCGGUCGCCCUAUGGCAUAUCUCUACGGCGCACGCCACUUUCCUGCCCGGCGUGACCUCGAUGAUUUCAAGUGCUACGUUGCCUACCUCCUUGACAAAAUCUGCACCAGGUUGCCGGUCGGACAGGAAAAGUUUGCGGCGGUGAUAGAUCUGAAGGGGUGGGGAUAUGCAAACUGCGACAUCCGAGGGUACGUGGCAGCGUUGGAGAUCAUGCAGAACUAUUACCCUGAACGGCUGGGGCGAGUGUUCAUGAUCAACGUGCCCUACAUGUUCAUGGCGGCAUGGAAGAUUGUGUAUCCAUUCAUCGAUGAGAAGACCAAGAAGAAGUUUGUGUUUGUCGCAAACAAGGACCUUGAUGCCACGCUCCGGGACGCCAUUGACGAAUCCCAGCUCCUCGAGGAGUAUGGCGGCAAGCUCAAGCCAUAGGGCUACAACAUUUUACCAUCGCCCAAGUACAACCUAUAGUAGAUUGAUAGUGAUCACUACCUGACGUGUGCAACUAAGGGUGCGUCCAUCUGAGCCAAGCCAUAAGGGAAGCCUUCCAGGGACAAGUGGUAGACAAUGCAACAAUGCAAGUGUGAUAGAGAGGUUCACUCUUUUCUUUACACACAAGUGACAUGUGGUGGGGCUAUGCGUCCACUAGCUUGUUGCAACUUUUUCUCAACGGAUAAAGAAUAUGGUGAAUAAUAUGCCACUUAUAUAUAUUUGAAUGCCAUAAUCCAGAAGAAAAUUAGAUGGAUUUUAUAUGAAAUCUAAGUGGACUUGCAACU